AUGUGUUUGACGGGCAAUGGGUGUGGGCAAUGGGUGUGGGAUAAUGUAUCCCAUCCUUUAUAUAGAGAAGAGAGUUGUCCUUACUUGGUUAAACAGACUACUUGUCUAAGAAAUGGCAGACCUGAUUCUUUUUAUCAGAAUUGGAGAUGGAAGCCUGAGAAAUGCAAUUUGCCAAGGUUUGAUCCACUGAAGCUGUUGGACAUUUUGAGAGGGAAAAGACUGAUGUUCAUAGGAGAUUCAGUGCAAAGAGGACAAUUUGAAUCUAUGGUCUGUAUGGUGCAAUCUGCAAUUCCUGAUGGAAAAAAAUCCUUUCACAGAAUUCCACCAAUGAAGAUUUUCAAAGCAGAGGAGUUCAAUGCAUCAAUAGAGUAUUAUUGGGCUCCGUUCAUGGUGGAGUCAAUUUCAGAUCAUGCAACAAAUCAUACGGUGCAUAAACGUUUGGUUAAUCUUGACUCUAUAGCUAGACUCGGCAAGAGUUGGGAAGGAGUUGAUUUUUUGGUGUUUGAGAGCUAUGUCUGGUGGAUGCACAGCCCUACUAUCAAUGCUACGUAUGGAUCGGUUGAUGAUAUUCAAGAAUAUAAUGUAACAACUGCAUAUAAACUGGCAUUAGAAACUUGGGCAAAUUGGCUACAAUCUAAUGUUAACCCUCUCAAGCAGAGGGUCUUCUUCAUGAGUAUGUCUCCAACACAUUUGUGGAGCUGGGAAUGGAGACCAGGAAGUGAUGAGAACUGCUUCAAUGAAUCAUACCCAAUUAGAGGACCAUAUUGGGGCACAGGUUCCAAUCUCCAGAUCAUGAAAAUAGUUACUGAUACCUUACAAAAAUUGAAAAUCAAUGUGGCAUUUCUGAACAUCACUCAAUUAUCAGAGUAUAGAAAAGAUGCUCAUACAACAAUUUAUGGAGAGCGAAAAGGCAAGCUAUUGACAAAAGAACAAAGAUCUGAUCCAAAAAAUUUUGCAGAUUGUAUUCAUUGGUGUCUACCAGGAGUUCCUGAUACUUGGAAUGAGAUACUAUAUGCAAAUUUGUUACAGAAUCAUCAAAACUUUUUGUAACUUUAAGAGCAACAUAUAAAAGCAAAUAGGUAACUCGCUA